AUGAAAUUUACUAACGAAGCAGCAAUAAAGUUUACAAAGGGAAGCGUUGCUCUAUUAGUUGCAUGGCCACCACCGACGAACACUUCGAGAAAAAAAUUGUUCUUUCUCGAUGUUUACUUUUGGGGUUCAUUUCUAAUCGCUCAAACGAUGUUAAUGGCUUUAGCAAAUGGAAUGUACGUUCAUCGCAAAAAUUCUAGGAUGAUUAUAGAGUUAAUGUGCCUGGCAAUCACUACAAUAAGUAUGUGUAUUAAAAUGAUAAUAUGUAGAUGGCAACGUUUGAGUUUGCAGUCGAUAAUAGAGGAAAUGGAAAAUAUUAUUAAACAAGCCGCGCCAUACGAACAAGCUAUAUUAGAAAAAUAUGUGAAUAGAUCUGCGAUACUACACAUAUCCCUUACAAUUGGAUUUUAUUUAGCUGGUACGAAUAUCGCAUUGGGACCAAUAUUUCUACCACAAUCGUUACCCAAUUUUUCGGCUUACCCUUUCGACACGGAAUCACAUCCCAUUUACGAAAUUAUUUAUUUUCAACAAGCAUUAAUUGCUGUACUAUCUUGUACAGCUGCAGCGAUUGAUUGCCAGGUCGCACUUUUACUAUGGUUCGCUGGUGCAAGAUUUGAAAUUUUGAAAACUGAAUUUGCCAAUAUCGUCGACGAAUAUGAUCUUAUACGAUGUAUAAAGAAACAUGGUCAGAUUAUCAGUUAUGCAGAAAAAAUAUCAGAUGAAGUAGCAGUCAAAUACCAAUACCUCGUGUUGGAUAUUGUCGCUGUUAUACAAUUAUUUUUGAACUCACAUCCGGCUGAAAAUUUAAUAGAAAUGAGCACUGCGAUUGGAACGGCAGCAUAUAACUUGAAUUGGAUGGAUAACUCACGAAAAAUGUGGCAUAAUGUAUGCUUUUUAAUUCAAAGAUCUCAGAAACCAAUUACAGUCAGUAUUCCUGGAUUUAUACCUGCAUUGUCUCUAACUUAUUACAUGUCGUUUUUGUCAUCGUCAUUUUCAUACUUCACAACAUUGAGAGCUUUUGUUAAAUAA